AUGGCUUCCCAGCUGUGCGGAAUCCGCGCGACGCUAAGACGAAAAUUCCCCACGAUUGGGUGGCGAUUCGCUCCGUUCUGCAAAUUAAAAAGACUCCGAGGGUGUUUCGGCCUCGCCCUGGGCGUCCUGGGCGCCUUCGGUGGUCAGAUUUACGCCUCCGACGUCUCAGCCUUGAUCGACGUGCUUCGUCCGCCCUCUUAUCCCUGGGAUUUCAACGGGAUUAUCGCAACGCUGGACCACGCCUCGAUAAGGAGAGGCUGGGAGGUUUACAAGACCGUUUGCUCCGAGUGUCACAGUGCGAAAUACCUCGCUUUUCGCGAACUGAUAGGCGUUACGCACACCGAGCAAGAGGCCAAGGCUCUUGCCGAAGCUGUCGAGAUAAAAGACGGACCGGAUGAAAACGGAGAAAUGUUCACAAGACCUGGAAGAUUGUCCGAUUGCAUUCCACCGCCGUUUCCAAACGAGGAGGCAGCUCGAGCGGCGAACAACGGAGCUUUUCCACCCGACCUGACCUACGUAAUCAACGCGAGACACGACGGUCAAAACUACUUGUUCUCCCUGCUAACCGGAUGGUCGGAUCCUCCGGCAGGAGUAACCCUGGAGGACGGACAAUCCUUCAACGCAUAUUUUCCCGGCGGUGCGAUCGGCAUGGGCCAGAUAAUCGACGACGGAGCGAUAGAAUUCGAAGACGGAACCUACGCGUCUCAGUCACAGAUAGCUAAGGAUGUUGUGACGUUUUUGACGUGGACAGCGAACCCGGAAUUCGACACACGAAAAUUGUGGCUGAUAAAAUCUACGGGUAUAUUAUUAAUACUACUAAUUUCCGUCAGCUAUUUGACAAGAUUUAAAUUUUCAUCUUUGAAAAGUAGAAAGAUAUAUUACCUGCCUAGAAAAUAA